UGACGGAUCUUGCUUGAUGCGCACGCGUCGUGUGGGGUUACGGUUGCUACUCGAGACCCCGGAUUGUGGCCUAGCUAAUUAUCUCCGCGACUUUCAGCCCAUUUGCCUCAACGUAUCUCCGCUGGCGUGCUCAGUUCUGAUCAUUGCGCACCUGGGGAAAAGAGACAACGCUGGAGGAAAUGCAGAGAAGAUAAUACAGAGAUCCUAUAUGGUCCUUGAGAGAUGUGUCCUUUAUUGGAGUAUGGAGAACUGCAUUUUCAUUACACUAAAGAAACUUCUUGAUAGUUAGUUUUGAAACUUUAAAGAAAAUCAUGCUUCCAUUAAAAAUGAUUAGGUUAAAGCACAUUUACUACCUCUCAAUGAGAUUCUACCACUCACGGGUUAAAGGGAGUGAUUUCUUGCUGUAUCAACUAGGCAACUGCACAAAUGAAGACCAAAUACUUGACCUUGUAAAUAAGAACAAAGCCAAGCUUGCAGUGAUGCAUGUGGGCUGUGCAAUAAAACUACUCUGGCAGUUUCAAAAGGAAAAGCCGCAGAUGCUGAGGUGUAUCAAUUACGUCAGAAAUCAUUCACAGUUCAUGGUACUUCGUGUCCUAGCUGAAAACAAGAUUGACCAGAUGGAUGAUGAAGCACUGGUGGAUAUGUUGUACAAUGCACUGAGGUUGAAUGUUGAACCACAUGAUUCCCUUGUGCAACAACUGGUGAUUGAGGCAUGGGGAAGGAUUGAAAGAUUUGAUAUGACUGUGUUAUCCAAAUUUGCUGUAUGCCUGACAGAUCAACAUUUGUAUCAUAGUCCCUUAAUGGGAGAAAUUGCUGAUAUUGUUAGCAGGAAAUUGGAAUCUAUUCAUGAUGCAAGGAUACUUUCAUCAUUAAUGUUAAGCAUUUCUGCUUUGAUUUCCAAACGCCUUCGAAAUCGUCUAAUAGAGAAGGCAGAAUUUCUAUUGGAUACCAGGAAUCCUUCUCAGUUUAACAAUUCACGCCGAAUUGUGCAAUUUCUACGUAAUAUCAAGUUCAGUUAUCGUCCUUUAUUGGAAAAAUGCAAUGAGAUUUUUCUUCAGAACAUGAAAAACUUAGGUGUUGAUAAUAUAAGCAUUAUCCUUGGAAUGUACCAGUCUCUAUAUUUCAACAAUUGUGAUUUUCGACUAGCUGCUAAGUGGAGACUUAUUGAACUUAUGAAUACUCAGACUGAUCCUGUGUGUUUUGCCAGACUUUUUGCAGCAUUGGGACCUUUAUCACGAACCGUGAUUAAGGAAAGACUUGAAUCUGCUGCCUUAUUAAUGGUUGAAGAGUUUAGCCCUUCGCAAACAUUAGCCAUCAUAGAGACCAUGGCAGAGAUGGAAUGCAGGAAUCCACAACUAAUUCAGAAUGUUGCAUCAACUUUGUCUAAACAAUUGGAUGUGUACAAGCCACUGGAUGUUGCAAAGAUAACACAGGCAUUGCUGUCACUUCAUUGUCAAAGACCAGAGCUGUUUGCAGAAUUGAGGCAAAUAUUAAUAAGAUAUCUUCAUCUCAGUGUUGUCCCCUAUGAGAUAUCCAUGUUAACUCGUGUCCUCUCUCUGCUUCCUUCUCCACGAAAUGAUCACUUGAUUCCUGCACGUAUUGAUGUUGUCUUACCCCAGUGCAACUUAAGUGACUUGAAUGCAUUUGCCAUUGCCAUUACCAGGUGGGUAAGGAAUGGCUCCUCAUAUCAACCUGGUACAACAGCUGUACAUGUGAAGCUUCUUCAAAAAUUAAAUAUAUGUGGCUUGGAGAGACUGCAGAAAGCAAAUGAUUUGGACCUGUUACUUGAAGAGCUAAAAUAUGUCAGUGGAGAAUGGUUUGAAGAAGUUCUCGCAGAAGAAACAAUGGCAAGCUUUGAACGAUUAAUAGGGCAGAUAACUUGGUCCAAUGUUCCCGAACUUGCACUGUUUCUAACCAAAACAAAUUGCCUGCAUUCUGGUCUGCUGGAUCAAAUAGCAUCUGUCACACUUGAACAUAUCAACAAGAUCCAUUAUUCAGCCACAUAUGCCAUCUUGCUUCCAUUCACUAUCUUUAAUUAUGAUCCUCCACAAGCUGAAGAUUUACUUGAAUCAUGUAUACAGCGAUCAAGGCCUCAUUUGAAUUCAUUUGACCCUCAUCUUCUAGUGUUAUUUGGUUACUCACUAGCUCUUGCAGGCUACUUCCCAGAAGAUAUAAUUAAGACUAUUUUUAGUAUUGAUUUCCUGGCAAAGUUGGACUCACAGCUGGACACUCUGUCAGAUGCUCUGAACAUGCGGAUCAGGUUACGUUUAAUGGAACUGAACAGAGCUGUCUGUUUGGAGUGCCCAGAAUUCCAGACCACUUGGUUUCAUGACCGUUACUGCCGGCAGUUGCUAAAUAAAGGCAAUAUUUCUGUUGGUCCAGUGCAGCGGCAAAUUCAUGAAAUACUGGGCCAUUUAUUGGGAGGAAGUAACUAUGUAAAAGCCUCUGUAAUCACCCCAUAUUAUUAUUUCACAGACUUUGAAUGUGUACUUGACAAGCACCGAAAGCCUAUUCCUUAUGUGGAUCAGAUUUCUGUACUACUACGCAAAAAUGGAAUUGGGCCUCGGAGACCAGACAAAGAAUUUAUUGGAGAGAAAGAGACACCGCCUGGAGGAGAAAGAGUUGUCAUAGAGUUUCUCAAUGCUAAAGCUUUCUGCAAGAACUCUCAUCAUAUUAAGGGAGAAGUUGCUAUGAAAAAGAGGCACUUGGAGAUUCUGGGAUACCAUGUAGUACAGAUACCUCAUUUUGAAUGGAAUUCCAUGGAAUUGUCAACAAAGGAUGCAUGGAUGGAAUACCUUAAGCAAAAGAUAUUUGCAGAAGAAUCUUAUUCAUGAAUCAAAUCUUGAAAACUUUUUAUACCACAUUCACAUGUGGAAGUCUACUAUCAUAAUAAUGCAAGUGUAUUAUGAUAUUUUAAAACCUUUCUAAAUACCUGAUCAUUAUUAUUCAUUUACCAAAAUAUUGAUUUUCAACAUCAGUUUAAAAAAAUGUGAAGUUAAAACAAGGAUCAUUUCUUAAAUAUUAUCCUCAGUAAAAAGUAAUCAAUGAAUGGAAGUUAGGAAUAUGCAACAUGGUGGGUGAAAUUACUAUAAUUUCCAUAAAGUAUAUGGUUGUACUAUUGCUUGGAGGGUGAAUUCUUUUAGCCAAAGUUUGCCUUAGAACAAAAUCAAUGCAAUUCUCAAAAGCAUUUUAGGAAGGCCAACUUUUUUUUUAAAAAAAGGUGUGCUCAAAUAGUUUUCUAGCCAAUAAGUAAAUUUUGUUUCAUUGAGAAGGAAUUUCAGCUAGUAAAUGAAAACACCUGAGGGGGAUACAAUUUUAAAUAAAGCUUUACGUUCAAGACUGCCAUUUUAAAGAUACAAUUGAGGAAUUAAAAGGAUCUAAUAUAAACUGUUGAGAAUAUGGAUUGAAUAUACAUGUUGUAUUUCUAACUUAAUUUUACUCGUUGUCUAUACAUGCAUUUGUAUUGCAUUGCAAAUAAAUCUUACACAUUGGUAUGUGUCUUCAGCUUCUACAUCAUGCACGUCUUUUGCACUGCUGUGUCACCUUAUAUAAUUAUGGUGGAAUCAUUGACUCUAUUUGGGCUUGUUUGAGAUUUGAAUGUCACUUUUGUAUAUACUUUUUCCGUACGUGAAGUAAAA